AUUCACAAUUAAAUCGAAUUGUAGAAAUCGAACUCAAAUAUGAAAUUCGUAGUAAUUUUUUCGCUGAUUUUCGCGCUCUGCUACGGCAACACAGGACCGGCUUUCCAAAUUUCGGACGGUGUCUGUUACAACGCCACAGCGGGGGAUUUGGUAUUCGAAGAGCACCAUCACAAACUGCCCAUUCCAUUCGUCAAAAGAGAAGUCACCAGCAACUGGGCAGGAGAUGGGAAGAUUUACUGCGUGUUAGCAACCAGUCCGGAAUCCGAAUCGAUAGGAUCGACCGUGGAAAUCACCAAAGGCGGCGUUAAUCACAGCUUCGUGACGUUGGAUAUGGUUUCGAAAAAGAGCCACGGUUUCGAGUACUUCAUUAAAGUGUACGCGCAUUAAUGAGUUAAAAAUAAAAUGAAUUGUUGCUG